AUGGAAAAUAAUGAUAACAACGUUGCUGGCAAAACGAAGAAGAUGAAGAUGAAGAUGAAGCGACACUCCAAUUCUCUGACAAUUGUCUUGGCCUUCUCCUUCUGCGUUGGGUUAGCAGCUGAUGAGUUCUGUGCAGCGGAGGGUAAUCAGGAGCUUAUCCCUGAUAGGCGAGAAGAGUACGACAAUGGAAGAAUCAUUGACAUCAGUCACAGGUACCAUGCGCAGAUGCCAGCGUGGGAAUCUAAGGAGAGUCUUGGGCAGUUCCUGUGGCUCAGAAGAAGCAUGAAAAACGGUUCUGUGGCUAAUUUCUCCGAAUUCAAGCUUCCUGCUCACAGUGGCACCCAUGUCGAUGCUCCCGGACACGUUUUCGAUCACUACUUCCAUGCUGGUUUUGAUGUCGACUCUCUCGACUUACUUCUCCUUAAUGGCCCUGCACUGCUAGUCCAUGUACCAAGACAUCAAAACAUUACAGCUCAUGUUAUGAAGUCACUGAAUAUUCCAAGGGGCGUACGUCGCGUGCUCUUCCGAACACUAAAUACCGAGAGGCGGCUAAUGUAUCAGAAGGAAUUUGACACAAGCUAUGUGGGAUUCACAGUGGAUGGGGCAAAAUGGUUAGUGGAGAACACUGACGUCAAGCUCGUAGGAAUCGAUUACAUAUCGAUUGCUGCUUUUGAUCACUUGAUUCCAGCGCACCUUGUUUUUCUGGAAGGCAGGGAAGUCAUUAUCGUGGAAGGCCUGAAGCUUGAUGAUGUGGAAGCAGGAAUAUAUACAGUCCAUUGCUUACCUCUUAGGUUAACUGGUGCUGAGGGAUCGCCGAUAAGAUGCAUUCUCAUCAAAUAACAAGCUGGUUCAGGAAACAGCAACCCAAAUGCUAGGAUAUCCUGUUAUC